GUCCCUCUUUAUUUCGUUUUACGUCUGAUUUUUUUUUUCUUUACCCAUUUUAUUUUCCCCCUUGCGCCGCCCGAUAUCACACGCACACACGCGGCCACGUACACGUUCACGUAAACGCACAUACGCACUAGUCGGCGCGAACGGUUUUUGCGCGCGCCGCCGCGGAUCACGUUUUUCCGCCGCCAAACAGGGUCGUCGUCGUCGGGCACUCGCCACUCAGUCGUACGCGGUCGCCGCCCGCGUGUACUCGUGUGCAGUUCUCGUCGUCGUUCCGGUGUACCUGAAUCCCGAAACUUCGCGCCCAACACAAGUCACAACUCGCGUCGUCCCGGGACGAGUAAAAUCGCGCGACGACACCGAUGAGCGCCGCACAGCAAUAAAAGUUUAAAAUAGUAUUGUAAAUUUGUCUCAAAUUUUCAAAAAAUCAAUUUUGAAAGAUUCUCACCCCCGUCGCGUACUGCAGCUAUAAGUAGUCAGUUGUCUGCAGCACGCGCUUCUUGCGGGUCGUGUGCUAUCGUCGRAUUCGAUCUGAUACAAUAUUAUAAGCUGUGCCCGUCAAUCAAUCUUUUUCAUCCGUCCAAGUCACUCGAGUGCCAAACCAAUAUUGCAGUGCAGUUACGCUGCACCACCCUUCCCCCCAAAACACUUUACACUGGGCUGCUACAACCGCUGCUCUAGUUCUUCUUCCUAUUCUGGACACCGGUGACAAGACUCGAGAUUUAUGGGAACUUGGACGCUAAAAUCAGAGAAAGAUGGUGAUACGGACGAUGGAGAAGUGGUUGGGUCUUUAAGCUGUUAUAACUCCGCGGAACUUCUUGGAGUGCCAGCAAGGAUGCCUCACCAUUAUGGUCCCGAAGCUCCCAUGCAGUUUCGACCGGAACAACGUCUAACUAGAGAUGCAAUGGAGAGGUAUCUGCGAGAUCGCAAUGAUUUAGUAUUAGUUAUUCUCCAUGCUAAAGUAGCUCAAAAAUCUUACGGUAAUGAAAAACGAUUUUUUUGUCCACCCCCUUGCAUAUACUUGCUUGGUGAUGGCUGGAGACUUCGGCAAGAACAACUGUUAAGAGAAGGAGUGUCUGAAGCUAAUUCUCAGAUGAGCGCAUUCAUUGGUAUUGGAAGCACUGACCAAGAGUUACAACCACUUGACCUUAACAACGGAAAGCAAUAUUGUGCUGCUAAAACGUUAUUCAUCUCAGAUUCGGACAAACGGAAACAUUUUAUGUUGAUGGUUAGAAUGUUUUAUAAUAUUGGUUAUGACAUUGGUACAUUCCAUAGUAAACGAAUAAAGGUUAUAUCAAAACCAUCAAAGAAAAAACAAUCGUUAAAAAAUGCCGACUUAUGUAUCGCAAGUGGAACAAAAGUAGCGUUAUUCAAUAGGUUAAGAUCACAAACAGUGAGCACACGAUAUUUGCACGUGGAAAAGGGUAACUUUCAUGCUAGCUCGACGCAGUGGGGGGCAUUUACUAUCCAUUUGUUAGAUGAUGAUGAAAGUGAGAGUGAAGAAUUCAAUGUUAGAGAUGGAUAUGUUCAUUAUGGCAGUACUAUCAAGCUAGUCUGUAGUGUCACCGGUAUGGCAUUGCCUCGACUUAUAAUAAGGAAAGUUGAUAAACAAAUGGCACUUCUGGAAGCUGACGAUCCAGUGUCACAACUUCAUAAGUGUGCGUUUUACAUGAAAGAUACAGAGCAUAUGUAUUUAUGUUUAUCCCAAGAGCGUAUAAUUCAGUUCCAAGCAACGCCUUGCCCCAAGGAACCCAAUAAAGAGAUGAUUAACGAUGGUGCCUGUUGGACGAUUAUAAGUACGGACAAAGCCGAGUAUCAGUUUUAUGAAGGCAUGGGUCCCGUGAACUCGCCAAUAACACCUGUUCCAGUCGUUCACAGUUUGAACCUGAACGGCGGUGGGGAUGUGGCAAUGUUAGAAUUGACUGGAGAAAAUUUCACACCUCACCUACAAGUAUGGUUUGGUGAUGUCGAAUCGGAAACUAUGUACCGCUGUCAGGAGAGUAUGUUGGCCGUUGUACCAGAUAUAUCGUCAUUUAGGGGUGAUUGGCUGUGGGUUAGACAGCCAACCCAAGUGCCAGUAUCUCUAGUGAGGAACGAUGGUAUAAUUUAUGCCACAGGGUUGACAUUUACAUACACGCCAGAAUCUGGACCAAGGAAUCACAUUCAACCCACAGACGACAUAAUGCGAGCGCCACAUCCUCAUAAUAGGUUACAGCCAGCCAUAAGCGACGUUCCAUGGAACCAACAUCCCAAUAUUAAAGAUUAUCAAUGAUGAUGUGUAGUGUGAUUUGGACCAAAAAAGAACUUUUAUGGAGUAUUGAAAUGAAUAAAAAAUUUGCUAAAAUGUAUUGAAAACUAUUUAUUCAUUUUCUUUGCAUUUUAUGCAGUACGGAUAAAUAAUUAUUAAUCAACACACUAAAGAUGGAUACAUUUUAGCUACACAUAAUUGUUCACAUAUUGGUUCCUUUUAGCAAUUUUCUACGGUUGUUCUUGUUUAAGAUUUUUUUCCGUCCAUUUGAUUGGUGAAUAUUUCUCGUUUAAGUCUAAAGAUCGUAAUUAUUUUCAUUCUAUUGGACGCUACAUCUGUUCUGUUAUUAUACGAUUGUGCAAUGUCAUUAAGAUACAUUUAGAUAGAACAUUACUGCAUAUCCUGCGUAUCUUAUAGGUAAAGGUAUUUGAAAUUAUAGAUUUGUAAAUUAGUGUGUGGAGCUCAUUAAAUAUUUUCAAUUUCAAAAGUGAAUCAAUUUCAAUGCCUCAUUCAUCCCGGCCUUAGUUCCCGUUACGAACAGUUUUGAUUUUAAUGACUAACUGUGAUUAUCUAUAGGCUUCUCACGAAAUUACUAGGUAGUUACUGACGUAAAUUAGUCUUGUCUUAAGACUCAAGAGUAAGAACAAGUUUGGUCAUUAAUUGAAGUUGUUAACAACUUUAAAUUUUAAGUCAAAUAAAUUUUUUUAAACAUAUAAUUAUAAAACGAUCAAUACAAUUAAUCAAAAAUAACUUUCGUAUCUAAAAAUUAAUUAUUUUACUUUUGGAAUUCAUGAACUUUUCAAUUUACAGUUUUUAUAAAUUUAGUUUUAAGUAUAGAAAAGCAAAAUGCAUAUUCUAAGGUGCUUAAACUUAUAUAUAUAUAUCAAUAUCAUGGCACAAUGAUAUUAUUUUGUUUUCAAAUUCAAACAGUAGUUUUGAUUUAUAUUGUAUGAAACGAAAUAUUUUUUUUUUAGUAGUGCAUUUUGUGUCAUUAUGGUUUUUGUAGUUAAGAUGAUACGUGAUAGAUAUGGGUUAUAUAAUAGUUUAAAAAACAGUAAUAUUAUAAUACCUGUACCUACACUGUGAAUCAAUGUUAUUAUAUUUAGUUUUAUAAGCCUGUGGUAAAAAAAAUCUUAAUUUAAUCACAUCGUAAUUGCGGAAUGAUUUGUUUAUUUCUUGAACAACAUCACGUGGUAAUCUAUUAUCUGCCUACUACAACAUUUUGUACCGAAAUGUUUUUUAUUUUUAUUUUAAUUAUUACUUCUUAUAUAUGAAUAUAUAUAUGAUAUGUAUUAUGUAUGUAUU